AUGGCGCCUUCCGGGGCGCCGAGCAACGUGCCAGCGACCACCGUCCACUGCCUGCUCUACGUGUUCAUCCUCCUGGGCACCGCCGUCCUCGCCAUCGGGUUCCGAGCGGCGGUGCAGGCAGCCCUCGUCGGCCUCGUCGGGGGCCUGCGGCGCUGGGAGGCCGCGGACGGCGUCGCCGAGCACGAGCUGCGUGGAGCCCUGGACGCCCUGGCGCGCGCGGAGUACCUGGCGCCCGCAGGCCUGGGCCUGCUCGGGGUCGCCGGCGCGCUCCACGGGGAAGCGGUGGCGGCCGCGCGCGGGGCCCUGUGGCUGCGGGCGGCACGCGCGUGCGAGCGCCUGCGGGAGCUGGUGGGCGAGAUGCAGGAGGUCGUCGGCGACCUCGAGGCGCUGCGGCGGGGCCUCGGGGAGGGGCCGGCGCCCCCGAGCCCACCGCGGGCCUCGGCCCUGGCGUGCGCCCCGGCGGCCAGGGCCGCGCUGCGGGACGCAGGCCGAGCGCUCCGCUCGGAGCUCGCGCUGCGGCGCUCGCUGCUGGACGCCCUCGCGGAGCUGGAGCGGUCGUCCAGCGAGGACGAGCGGCAGCGGCUGUUCAUUGCCUGGACGGAGCGGGCGUACGCACCUCUGGAGGACGGCUGCCGCCUCCUCGCGCUGCGGCGCGGCGCCUCGGCGGCGCUGGAGGGCAUCGCGGCAGGGCGCUGA